GUGUGGCCCGUGGCUGUAACUUCCUUGUCCUCUGGCUUUUUUGUCUGCAGAGUUGAAUCGUUGGAAGCCUUGCCCAUACUGAGCCGCAACCCAAGCAGGAGCACAGACCGGGACUGGGAAACUGCAUCGGCGGCUUCUUCCCUGGCCUCGGUGGCCGAGUACACAGGUCCCAAACUCUUCAAGGAGCCAAGCAGCAAGUCGAACAAACCAAUUAUUCAUAAUGCUAUCUCCCAUUGCUGCCUGGCUGGGAAAGUGAAUGAACCUCACAAGAAUUCAAUACUGGAGGAGCUGGAGAAGUGUGACUCCAAUCACUACAUCAUACUGUUUCGUGACGCUGGCUGCCAGUUCAGGGCGCUUUACUGCUACUAUCCUGACACCGAAGAAAUCUACAAACUCACAGGCACGGGGCCAAAGAGCAUCACCAAGAAAAUGAUUGAUAAACUGUACAAAUAUAGCUCAGACCGAAAACAGUUGAACUUGAUCCCAGCCAAAACCAUGUCUGUCAGUGUGGAUGCACUCACGAUUCACAACCACCUGUGGCAGCCCAAGCGGCCCUCAGUGCCAAAGAAGACCCAGACUCGUAAAUGAUGCCUCUGCGGCCGAGUCUGAAAGGUGUGCCACAGGAUCCUUAUUUAUUAUUUUCAUCCAUUUGGGUACGAAGUGUGUAAAUCACAGACCUUUUUCAAAGAGGCUUCUAGACAACAAAAGGAAACCCCUCCCUUAUCUCCCAAUACACACAGGAUGCCAGGCAGAGCGAGAACGGAGGAUCUGUUUUCAGAGGCUUGAGGCUGCUGUGGUCACUGCUUGCCACCGAGGCUCUUGGACGAGGGAUGUUGUGGAGCGAGAUCCCUGGGCUGCCAAUCUCCUUGCUCGAAGGUCUCCUUCAGCAUAAAUCCAGCGCCAUCGAUUUGGCCCUUUUGCCUCUCACUUGCCCCCUUUGCACGUUACCUGG